UGACACACAAACAGAGCACGCUCAGUGCGUGUAAGUGGUGUGAUUUAAUUGACAUUUUUCACACAUGCCCAGCAAAGUAGAUGAGAAUGAAUCACAAGCAGUGAACUUGUUCCACUGUCUAUAAGUGUACGUUAGUAACUUAACUGUCUGAGAUAUAAAUGAAUCUACUGUUAAUAUCAAAACACUUGGCAAGUACAAAUAUCACUGUGCGAGCCUACAUUUACUUACGAGGUUUACAAAAAGUCAAGUAACCACCACUGUUCACAAGGAGUACUUCCGUCGAUAAUAAACUAUUUUCUGAAAAUCCAAUUUGAAUAGCCAUUUCAUUCAGUUAUUUGAUUGAUUCUACCUUGAGUACAAUACCAAAAUAAAACAAAGAAUCUUGAACAAUUAACAAAUGUCAGAAGAAAAUUUCAGCACAAAUCAAAGAAGUUGUUCAAGGUUUUUUGGAAUUCAAGAUUAUGGUGAUAAUGUUUUCGAAUCGAAUGAGGAUAAAGGGAAUGGCAGUAGAUUUAUGAAUAACCCUACAGCAACAAGCAGUAAUAACAAUCGUUUUAUGAAUAGUAUUAUUAAUGAUGAUGAAACAAUAUUUCAAUUUGAUGAAAUGUUUGGACAAAAUAACUUACAAGAUGAUGGUCAAUGCUGCAGUAGUAGUCUUCUAUCUGACAGUCCUCCAUUAGGUCGUCCACGAAGAGAGAAUCCUAAACCGUUAACAGGUCAAUAUCAAGUUGAAUUUCCCGGUAUAUUCGUUGAAGGAUUUCAUGGUGGUCAUGUGAAAUUUAAUAUACCUGGAGUAUUGCGAGGUUCUUUGAAACCGCCUGACUCAAUGAUAGUAAAAAUCAAUGUACCAAGUCCUGAGCAUGUUCAUUCAUCUGAAAUGUACGAACAGUCUCCUUAUGAAAGUUGGACACAAAAAGAGGGAAUUUCUCAGAGCAGAGAAAUUUCUACUGCAACUACAAGUCGUUUUGGUACUUCCUGUUUCGAUCAACCUACACAACAGAUAAGAUCAGAUCAUUAUAGUGCCACCACAAUGCCUUAUACUUCAGAUAUACUUUCAAAUUUUCGUCCUAAUCAUCCAAAUCCCAGCGAUUCAUAUCAAUUAAAUUCUACGGAUACUAAUAAAUCUGAUGCUCAUUUAUUACGUUGUGGUACUACUACUGAAUGUUCCACUAUUUCAUCCAAUCCCUAUUCUUCCAGUCGUUUCCCCAGUGUUUAUGAAAGAAUCUCUACAGAUUCCGGUUUACCAUCAAAUUGUUUAAUACGUCCAUCAUUCUCCGGUUAUAGAAAGAUUGACGAAGAAGAUAACAAUGAGAAUAGAGGUGUCGAUGAUACUGUUGGCGGUGAACAAAAUCCGGUUAAUUUUAGUGAUGAAAACUACAAACUAUCUCGUUUUGGACAAUUUGGUAUUUAAUGUGAGAUUUCAAAUUAUUUUUUUUCUUCGAUUAGAAUUUAUCUCAUGGAUAAUGCAUUUUUUUAAAAGUGUUAUUUUUUUUUCUACUUUGUAUAUUUAUUGUAUUAUUUUUUACGAUUAUUAUUAUUAUUAUUGUUAAUAUUAAUAUUAUUGUUAUCCUUUCUUAUUCUGUUGUUGAUGAUUAGUAGCAGAUCAUUACACACUUAUCAUCAAUGUGAAUGAAUUUCACUUCGUCUUUUUAAGUAUUUUGGAGUCAGAAUUUUUUUCUUUUUUAUUUGAAGAAAUUCAGCUCAUUAAAACCACUAGUUAAUUUUCUGUACUCAGGUAUAUAACUUAUAUAUCCUAUUAUCUAUCCACUUAUUGAUUCCUAUCUUGUGAUCAGAAAUGUGUAUAACUUUUUCUAUUUCCUAUUUGUAGUAAUGUUUAGAAGAAGAGAACACAAAAUGGUAAUUCGAUCUCAUUGUAAACUGUUUCUUCAAUGAAGAAAUGUCAAUUAGUUAUUUUCGCUUUUCUUUUCUUGUUCGGUCAUUUCUAUCGUAUCACUAUGUAUGUAUGUAUGUAAUAAUAAAAUUCUUACACAUGUGUCUACUACACCUUCCCCUCUUCACCGUGUAAUAUUUCAAUUGAACUAGAGAAAACCUUAAAAGUUUUUGUACACUGCCUUACUAUCAUUAUACUGAUUAUUCUUAUCCUUGUUGUUAAUGCUGUGUUUGAUUUUUAUCCUGAUAAAACAGAAGAUGUGAAGAGGGCAUUUCUGCUGACUGCUGGGAACGACAUUGUUACUGUUAUUAGUAUUAUUAUUAUUAUUAUUACUAUUACUACUACUACUAUUUCGAU